AUGCUUACAUCGUCCAUAAUAGAUACUACAUACCCGACCGUGUAUCCCGGCUACUCUACAAGCUCCUACCCGGGAACAUAUAUGCUCAUGAUGGUGGAUUACGAUGUUGCUGAUUCGGCCUUCGCCACGUCGGACCAAUACUCAAGCCUUGUGCCUGGUCGAUUGGUCAAUACAACAACUCGUCUGCACUGGUGGGGAUGGAACUACACACUGCAGGACGGGAACUUCAUCAAUUCUAGCAAUGCUCUGGCGUCGUAUCACCCUGCGCAGCCUGCAACAAGCAGAGUACACGACUUUACCUUAUUCCUGUUUGAUCAGCCACAGGACUAUGCUCCACCACAGGAUGUCCUGGAUGGUCUGUUAGAGGAGCAUGAUCCAAGGCAUAACUUUACAUUGGCUCCUAUUGUUGAAGCUGUCGGUAAUCCACUGGCUGCAACGUAUUUUUGGAGUUCGACGCCUGGUGUGCCGGAUAGCAGCUCAGCGACGUACACGUACUUCUGGGAGAAGAUUUGA